UUGCCACUAUAUUUAACGAGAAACUGAGCUCCUCAAGGGUCAGUCAGACGUAUUUUCCAUUGUAACGAAACAUAGGCGAAAUUGAACAGACUAACUUUCGCAAUAAUGAUGCUAUCGAGAUCGUUCAAGAAGCACUUUAAAGCUUGAAUUCCGAAAUAUGAGAAACAAAAACCGUUCUGCGACCGUGUGAACGUCUAAAUAUCGAAGCUUGUCGCGCUUGACGCGUGUCGGAUGCACAUAAAAAUAAAAUAACGUAACAUUAUUCGCACUUACGUGCGACGAUGCAUCGGCCGUAUUCAGUUGACGAUUCGGCGCCCGAGGAAGUAUGCGCACGGUACUAAUGUCGAUAGCGCGAAUAAUCACGUAGACACGUCGCGUUUUUGGCGGUCGCAAAGUGGAAAGAUCCCGAAACUCGUGCAGCGUUAAACGAAAGAAGAAAGCAUGGUCUAGUCGAUCCGGACACACACGACAUCGCUCGAUUUUUCGUAUGAUGCGUGAAAUGAUUGAAGUAUCACGCACGAUGACGGCGGCGACAACGACGUCGUAGAGCGACAAAUUCGAAUUCAGACCGUUAUCCUUUUACUUUUCACUUUGCAAUGCCUCCGAGCCGCUUAGACGCCGUUUAUAGGAGCAUACUGCUUACCAAAUUCUUCACGAAAGGUUGGGGCAAUCCUCAAAAUUUGAAACGGAUUUUUGAAUUCAGAAAAGUCAUAGCAAAUCGAAAAACGUGCUACAAUAUGAUACCGUUGGACUAUCCAAUAGAAAUUACAAAGAAUGAAGAUUGGUCAGACUGUCAUAUCAUUGAGGGACAGUUUGAAUCACCUUUUGAGAAGCAUCUUCCAGGAAUAAUGCCAGAUAAGACCAAAACAGCUUACUUUCAAGUAAUCUUACCAUCCAAAUGGAGUUCCCACAAGAUAAAGCCAAUUUGCUUGCAUUUAGCAGGAACCGGAGAUCAUUUUUUUUGGCGACGUAGAAAUCUUAUCGCUAGACCGCUGCUCAAAGAAGCAGGCAUAGCAUCAAUAUUGUUGGAGAAUCCGUUUUACGGGCUGAGAAAGCCGGACGAUCAAAUACGUUCUAGCUUGCAUAAUGUAUGUGACAUUUUUAUCAUGGGUGGCUGUCUGAUAAUGGAAUCGAUCGUUUUGUUAAACUGGUGUGAGCAACAGGGAUUCGGGCCACUGGGUCUCACUGGAUUGUCAAUGGGUGGACAUAUGGCUUCUUUAGCAGCUACCAAUUGGCCGAAGCCGAUAUCAUUAGUACCUUGCUUAUCAUGGUCCACAGCUUCACCUGUAUUUACGGAGGGCGUUAUGAGCGCCUCGAUAAAUUGGGCACUCUUGGAGAACCAGUAUUUUUCGGACAAAGUGUACAAAAAUGAUCUGGCAAAAAUGGUCAAGAUUGUAGACCGCGAUGAUGCUUUCUUAGCUGGUCAACAUUUCGCGAAACAUUACCCUGCCAGUAUGAACAGAGUGGAUAAGUUGAGAAGAGAAUCCAAUGGGAGCAACAGGGAUAAUACUCGUACCGUAGUCGAUGCGAAUAGUACAAACUCUAUUAAUAACAUCAGCGACAAUAAUAUUUUCGAAAGUGGACCUAAAAAUGCAAAUAAUCAGUUGCAACGUCAAAUUGCGGAGGAAAAAGCGGCGGCCAAGAUAUUUCCCUUAAAUCUCAUAUCUAACAGAUUUAAAUCGAAGGAUCUCAACGUCCUCAAGGGAGUUUGCUUGUUGCCAGUGCCGAAGCAUCCGCUGUUUUCAGACAACAAGUGGCGCGAGCACGAAGCGUUGCAGUUUAUGCGCGGCAUAAUGGACGAAUGCACGCACCUGAAGAAUUUCGAAGUGCCAAUUGACACCGAAUUGAUCAUCGCCGUAUGCGCCAAAGAUGAUGCGUAUGUGCCGCGAGAUCAUUGCAUGAGCCUCGAGACGAUAUGGCCCGGAAUUGAGAUACGUUAUAUCGAUGCUGGUCACGUCAGCGCCUAUAUUCUUCAUCAGAAAGUUUUUAGAUCCACUAUAGCUGAAUCUAUUCAACGAUCUUUGAAGAAAUAUCCCGUUGAGAUCAGUUGACAACUUUGUGAUAUCACAACGGAUGCACACGUUAGAAAACCGCACAUUAUUAUAAAUUUAAUUAGGUGACCCAAUACUCUUGUCGAAUUUGUGAUAGACUUCGGAUGCUCAUUAUUAAGGAUCUUCGCACACCACACACGCACGAUCUAUUUUUAGAUCGCUGCAGACGACAAUCUGCCAUAAAAAGAGAGUACAACAAUAACAGUCAAUUUUAUCAGGUACAAUAAUAGGUGUCGUUAUCGUUAGUACGUUCAAGUACGAGCCAUUAAUGUUCCUAAAAUAACAUCGCAAUAUAUUUGGCAUAGCGAGUAUAAGAUUUCUUGGUGUACAUCUGUUUGCACAGUUUUUAUAUACAUAUGUUUUUUAUAUAUCAUGUGCAUAUAAAACAUAUACACACACACACA